CAGACAUGCCUAACUCCGCCUCUUUUUCCCUCCUCGGCAGGUCUUGUCGAUUUCUCCUGGCCGGGGUUUCGCCGCUUCCUUCUUCGUCCGCCAGCCGCGAGUCGGGCGUUGUGCGGCCUUUCCUUACCCCCCCAUCCAGAGAGAUGCCGAAUGCAGACGGUAAAAAACUGUUGCCUGUCUUUGCUCGUGAAGCCUGCCACUGUCUUCUCUCCGCUGAAAAAACAGGUCUAAGAAAAAUCACUUCCUUGGAUUAAAAAGAAUUUAACCUGCAGUUGCAGUGUUAUUUUUGUGUCCUGAGAAACAGCAGUUUUGUUCUAAAAAUUGCUUUAAAACUUGUCAAAUGACCUCAAUGGCCAGUCUGUUCUCUUUUACUAGCCCAGCUGUAAAGCGCUUGUUGGGCUGGAAACAAGGCGAUGAAGAAGAAAAAUGGGCAGAAAAAGCAGUCGAUGCUUUGGUAAAAAAACUAAAGAAGAAAAAAGGAGCCAUGGAGGAACUGGAAAAGGCACUAAGUAGUCCUGGUCAACCCAGCAAAUGUGUUACAAUUCCUCGUUCAUUAGAUGGGCGGCUUCAGGUGUCACACCGCAAAGGCCUUCCCCACGUGAUUUACUGCCGUGUGUGGCGUUGGCCUGAUUUGCAGAGCCAUCAUGAGCUGAAGCCAUUGGACAUUUGUGAAUUUCCUUUUGGAUCUAAACAGAAAGAAGUUUGUAUCAACCCAUACCAUUACAAAAGGGUGGAGAGCCCAGUUUUACCUCCAGUCUUGGUGCCAAGGCACAGUGAAUUUAACCCACAGCAUAGCCUUUUGGUUCAGUUUAGAAACUUAACUCACAAUGAACCACAUAUGCCACACAAUGCUACCUUUCCAGAUUCAUUCCAACAGCCUAACAGCACUCCGUUUCCCAUGUCUCCAAAUAGUCCAUACCCACCAUCUCCAGGCAGCAGCAGUACCUAUCCAAAUUCUCCAGCUAGUUCUGGACCAUCUAGCCCAUUUCAACUACCAGCCGAUACACCACCACCUGCAUAUAUGCCUCCUGAAGACCAAAUGGGUCAAGAUACUUCACAAUCUAUGGAUACAAGCAAUAGUAUAAUUCCUCAGAUAAUGCCCAAUAUUUCGAGCAGAGAUGUUCAUCCUGUGGCCUAUGAAGAACCAAAACACUGGUGUUCAAUAGUGUAUUAUGAACUAAACAAUCGUGUUGGGGAGGCUUUUCAUGCGUCUUCUACCAGUAUUUUAGUAGAUGGUUUUACAGAUCCUUCUAACAACAAAAACAGAUUCUGCUUAGGUUUGCUCUCCAAUGUUAAUCGUAACUCAACAAUUGAGAAUACUCGGAGACACAUUGGAAAAGGCGUUCAUCUGUAUUAUGUUGGUGGGGAAGUCUAUGCAGAAUGCCUGAGUGACAGCAGCAUAUUCGUACAAAGUAGGAAUUGUAAUUAUCAUCACGGAUUUCACCCUACAACUGUAUGCAAGAUUCCCAGUGGCUGUAGUCUUAAAAUUUUUAACAAUCAGGAAUUUGCUCAGCUUCUAGCUCAGUCAGUCAAUCAUGGAUUUGAGGCAGUAUAUGAGCUCACCAAAAUGUGCACAAUUCGAAUGAGUUUUGUAAAGGGAUGGGGAGCAGAAUACCAUCGACAAGAUGUUACAAGCACCCCGUGUUGGAUAGAAAUCCAUCUUCAUGGGCCUCUUCAGUGGCUGGAUAAAGUACUUACCCAAAUGGGCUCCCCACUUAAUCCUAUUUCUUCUGUUUCAUAGUGCCAAAGUCUUUCUUCAGCAACUACAAUUUUAGUGACCAUUUUCUAAUUUUCCAGAAGCUUCCAGUGUGGAUUCUGUAGGAAUACAUCAUAAGUUACCUUUCUUCUACAAAUGACCAAUUCCAUUGUUUUAUCAUCAUUUUCCCUUUCAUUUCAUUUUAAGACUGUUCAAUUUGGAGGAAAACUGAAAAAUGCAGAAACUGUUUUACCUGAGCUAUACAUAUUUGAACAACGUUUGAUUCCACUGGAAGUAUUUUAACAAGUUUUCUGAGGACACGUUCUUGAAUGACUUUACACAAUGAAUAACAACACUAUCUCAUUUGCUAAAUCGAUAUAGUUCCAAUUUACCAUAAGGUUUUAAUAUUACUAUAUGGUUGUGUGGAUGAUCUAAAUCCACAAAGAGCCAGCUUUAUUAUACCUAAGAUUGCCUUUAGCUUAAAUAUGACCUCAAUAUGUACAUGUUGACAAGCACCUGUUACAGAUAGUGAUAACAUAAUGCAUUAGAGCAGGCUGUUUCUUUAAUCAGUAACAAAGUUACUUUCAUCACAGUUCAGUGUUGCCUUCAUAAUUUAGUCCUGUACUCGGAUCAAAGUCCAGGGAGAUUCAGAUGAAUGUGUGUAGGAUUGGUGCUUAACAGAUGUUUUGUCCAGGGUAUGCACCGUUUGAGGCAGUCUACAUUUAUUUGAAUGCAAAACACUAAAGUGCUGUGUAUCACAUUGCAAGAAUGUGCAUUGUUUUAUAUUUUAUUUUGCAUUUUUGUAGAAAAUAGCUUGGAGGCUUCCUAAAAAAUUACAUUUGCUAAUUUUCAAUAUUAUUUUCCUUUAAAUAUUACUUCUGUUUUGGGAGAUUUAAAUUUUACCUAACAAGUGUUGUAAAACACUUGCUUUUUUAUUGCUGGGGAAUCUCAUUCUCAUAAUAAUGAUUUAUGAGAAUAUUGUCAUGUGGGUGACUAAAAGUUGUAUGAUGUAAAAUAAACUUUUUUUAUUGGCAAGGGCUACAUUCUUUCAGGAGUAAACUCAUGGAGGCUAUAUACACUGAUUGGUGUUUGACAUUUAACAUCUUUAUCUUUCCUUUCUUCCCUACCUUCUCUUUGCCAAUGGGCUAAUAAUUCCUGCUAAAGGCUUAUAUCAAAUACAUGAAGCACAUUUUAAAAAUUAGGAUGUAUAUCUUUGGUAUAGUGUUCAUGAACCUUGAUCAUUCAUAACAUGCAAGAUCUCUUGUAUAAUUUAACAAAAACUGGCAAACUUACAUCUGGAUCAUAUUUAGAAUUGUUCUGAUUAAAGCAAUGGAAAGGCAUAACAAAUUACUGAUGAAUGGUUUGUCAUGGGAAUACAGGUGUUUAUUAAACGUUAUUUGUCUCCA